UGUUGGAUAUUUCCUGUUUACAUUUCGAAUGUUAUUCCCUUUUCCAGGUUUCCAGUCCACAAGCCCCUUAACCCUUCCCCCUACCCUUCUAUAAGGGAGUUCACCUCUCACUCACAGCCUCCCUACACCUCCCCACAUUCUCCUACACUGGGGGUACAACAUUGUCCGAAAAAAAAUUGUUUCUCAUUCCAUUGUUUCUCAACAAGACCAUCCUUUGCCACAUGCAGUUGGAACCAUGGGUCAGGCCAUGUAUAGUCUUGCUGUUGGAAAUUUCGUCUCUGGAAGCUCUGUUUGGUUGAGAUUGUUAUUAUUAACUUCAGUUCUUUCAAUCCUUUCCCUAAUUCCUCCAACUGGGGUCUGAUUUGGUUCAGUGGUUUGCUGUUGCCAUUUGCCUCUGUAUUUGACAUAUUCUGGCUGUGUCACUCAGGAGAGAUAAAUAUCCAGUUAUCGUCAGCCUGCACUUCUUAGCUUCAUACAUCUUAUCUAGUUUUGGUGACUGUAUAUGUAUGGGCUACAUGUGAGCCAGGCUCUGAACGGCAGGUCCUUCAAUCUCAGUUCUAAACUUUGCCUCCUUAUCCCCUCCCAUGGGUAUUUUGUUUCCCCUUUUAAAGAAGGAGUGAAGCAUCUGCAUUUUAAUCAUCCUUCUUGAGUUUCAUGUGGUCUGUGUAUUGCACGAUGGGUAAUUCAAGCUUUUUGGAUAAUAUCUACUUACCAAUGAAUGCAUACCAAGUAUGUUUUUCUUUGAUAGAAUAACCUCAUGUAGGAUGAUAUUUUCUAGUUUAUUCUAUUUGCCUAUAAAUUUCAUGAAGUCAUUGUUUUGAUAGCUGAGUAAUAUUCUACUGUGUAGAUGUACCACAUUUUCUGUAUCCAUUCCUUUCUUGAAGGGCAUCUGGGUUCUUUCCAGCUUCUGACUAUUUUAAAUAAGGCUGCUAUGAACAUAUUCGACUAUAUUGCACUGUUGUAUGUUGGAACAUCUUUUGGUUAUAUGGCCAAGAGACGUAUUACUGGGUACUCAGGUAAUGGAAUGUCCAUUUUUCUGAGGAAACUUCAGAUGAUUUUCAAAAGGGUUGUACCAGUCUGUAAUCCCACCAACAAUGGAGGAGUGUUCCUCUUUCUCCACAUCCUUGCCAGCAUCUGCUGUCACCUCAGAUUUAUAUCUUACCCAUUCUGACUGCUGUGAGGUGGAAUCUCAGAUUUGUUUUGAUUGAAUUUCCCUGAUGACUAAGAAUGUUGAAAAUUUAUUUAGGUGUUUUUUGACCAGUUGAAAACCUUCAGCUGAGAAUGUCUUGUAACUCACUCUACCCCAUUUUUAAUAGGGUAUUUUUGCUUUCUAGAGUCUAACUUCUUAAGUUCUUUGUAUAUUUUGGAUAUUAUCCACUGUCAGAUAUAGGAUUGGCAAAAAUCUUUUCCAAUCCGUUGGUUGCAGUUUUAUCCUAAUGACAGUGUCUUUUGCCUUACAGAAGCUUUGCUGUUUUAUGAUCUCCUAUUUGUCAAUUCUUGAUAUUAAAGCAUAAGUCACUAGUGUUUUACUCAGGAAAUGUUCUCCAAUGCCCAUGUGUCCAAGAUUCUUCCCCACCUUUUCUUCCAUUAGUUUGAGUGUAUCUGGUUUUAUGUGUAAGUCCUUGAUUAACUUGUACUUAAGCUUUGUACUUGGUCAUAAAAUUGGGAUUAUUUUCAUUCUUCUACAUGCUGACUUCCAGUUGAACCAGCACUAUUUCUGGAAAAUGCUAUGUUUCUUCAUUUGGAUGGUUUUAUCUCCUUUGCCAAAUAUCAAACGAUAGGGUGUGUGGGUUCAUUACUUGGUCUUCAAUUCUAUUCCACUGGUCUAUCCAUCUGUCUCUUUACCAAUACCAUGCAGUUUUUUUUUUAUCACUAUUGCUCUGUAAUACUGCUUGAGUUCAGGGGUGAUGAUUCCCCCAGAAGUUCUUUUUUUGUUGAGGAUAGUUUUAGCUACAUGGCUUUUUUCUUAUUCGGAAUGAAUUUGCAAAUUUCUCUUUCUAGCUUUAUUAAAGAAGUGAGUAGGAAUUUUGAUGGAGAUUACAUUGAAUCUGUACAUUGCUUUUGGCAAAAUAGUCAUCUUUACUAAAUUAAUCCUGUCAAUACAUGAGCAAGGAAUCUCUUUCUAUGUUCUGAGAUCUUCCUCAAUUCCUUCCUUCAGAUACUUGAACUUAUUGUCAUAGAGAUCAUUCAUUUGCUUGUUUCAACUAACACCAAGUUAUUUUAUAUUAUUUGGGACUAUUGUGGAGUGUGUGAUUUCAUUAUUUUUCUCAGCGUGUUUAUCCAUUGAGGAGUGGAAGGAUACUGGUAUGUUUGAGGUAAUUUUAUACCCUGACACUUUACUGUAGUUAUUUAUCAGGUUGAGAAAUUCUCUGGUGGAACUUUUGGGGUCACUUAAGUAUAUACAAUCAUAUCAUCUGCAAAUAGUGAUAUUUUGAUAUCUUCUCUUCCAAUUUGUAUCUGGUUGAACCCCUUAUGCUGUCUGAUUUCUCUGACUAUGGCAUGGAGUCUUGUUUAGAAUGAGUAGGGGAGAGUUGGGCAGCCUUGUCUAGUUCCUGGUUUUAGUGUGAAUGCUUCAAAUUUCUUUCCAUUUAGUUUGAUGUUAGCAACAGGUAUGCUGUAUAUUUCUUACACUAUGUAUUUUUUUUUUUUUUUGGUUCUUUUUUUCAGAGCUGGGGAAAGAACCCCGGGCCUUGCACUUCCUAGGUAAGCGCUCUACCACUGAGCUAAAUCCCCAGCCCCACACUAUGUUUUGAUAUGAGCCUUCAUUUCUUGAUUUUUCCAGGAUUUUUAUCCACAAGGAUUGUUGAAUUUUGUCAAAUGCUUUCACACCAUCUAAUGAAAUGUUCAUGUGCUCUUUAAUUUUGAGUUUGUUUACAUGAUGGAUUACAUUCAUGGAUUUUACUAUAUUAAACCAUGCUUCCAUCCCUGGGUUCAAGUCUACUUGAUCAUGAUGGAUGAUUUUUUUGAUGUGUUCUUAGAUUCGGUUUGCAAGAAUGUUAUACGUAUUUUUCAUCAAUAUUCAUAAGGGAUAUUGGUCUGAAGUUCUCUUUCUGUGCUGAGUCUUUGUGUGGGUUAAGUAUAAGAGUAAUUGUGGAUUCAUGUAAGGAAUGUGGUAGUUCUCUGUCUGUUUCAAUUUUGUGGAAGAGUUUGGAUAAUAUUUGUAUGAGGUCUUCUAAGAAGGUCUGAUAAAAUUCUGCACUGAACCAUCUCUACUUGGGCUCUGUUUGGUUGGGAGACUUUCAAUAUCUGCUUCUAUUUCUUUAGGAGUUAUGGGGUUCUUUAGAUAGUUUAUUUGUUCCUGUUUUAACUUUGCUACCUGGUAUCUGUCUUCGAAAUUGUCCAUUCCUCCAGAUUUUGUAGUUUUGUUGAAUAUAGGCUUUUAUAGUAGAAUCUGAUGUUUUUUUGUUUGUUUUUUUUUUUUUUUUACUUUCUUCAGAUUCCCUUGUUAUGUCUCCCUUUUCUUUUCUGAUUUUGUGAAUUUCGAUACAGUCUAUUUUACCUCUGGUUGGUUUAGCUAAGGGUUUAUCUAUCUUAUUGUUUUUGUCAAAGAAACAGCUCCUGGUUUUGUUGAUUCUUUGUAUGGUCCUUUUCAUUUCUGCUUCAUUGAUUUCAUCUCUGAGUUUUAUUUCCUGCUUUCUACCCCCCUUGGGUUUAUUUAGUUCUUUUUGUUCUAGAGCUUUUACAUGUGCUAUCAAGCUCCUGAUAUAUGCUCUUUCCUGUUUCUUUUCGCAAGAACUCAGAUCUAUAAGUUUUUAUUUUUAGCUCUGCUUUCAUUGUGUCACAUAUGUUUGGGAAUGUUGUGUCUUCAUUUUCAUUAAGUUCUAAGAAGUCUUUAAUUUCUAUCCUUAUUUCUUCCUUGACCAGUUUGUCAUGGAGUAAAGCAUUUUUCAACUUCCAUGUAUACGUGAGCAUUCUGACAUUAUUGUUAUUGUUGAAGAAAAGUCUUAGUGUGUGGUGAUCUUAUAGAAUGCAUGGGAUUAUUUCUAUCUUCCUGUAUCAGUUGAGGUCUGCUGAGGGACCGAUUGUGUGGUCAAUUUUGAAGAAGGUUCCCUGACGUUAUGAGAAGAAUGUAUAUCCUUAUAUUUUAGGAUGGAAUGUUCUAUAAUUAUCUGUUAAAUCCAUUUGGUUCAUAACUUCUAUUAUGUUCUCUACAUCUCUGUUUAAUUUCUGUUUCCAAGAUCUCUCCAGUGAUGAGGAUGGGGUGUUGAAAUAUCCUACUAUUAUCAUGUCAGGUGCAAUGUGUGCUUUUAGCUUUAGUAAGUUUUCUUUUAUGAAACCUCAGGAUUUCUCGUGAGUCAUUUUUAUUGCACAAAUCCAAAUGUAAAUACAACAUUCUAGUUCUUGAGUUAAUAUUCUGGAAAUUUACCUGGGAGAUGAAAGGCCUCACUCUCUAACUAGAGAGCUAACUAUACAAAUACAGAAAUUACUAAUGAAAAGUAAGUUGCUUUAAAAAUAUUUCAUAUUAAAAAUAUAGUCAUUCUCUGUGUUCGCUGUGGGAAGGCUGUUUAUUUGUUUUUGUUUUUUGUUUCUUUUAUUUUAAUAUGGACAAAUAUUUACACUACAUUAAAAUAAGUGUGAAAUGCAUAACAAUAGAAUCCUAUGCAUUCCAGCAUUUUUUUUUCUACAAGAACAGAGUCCACUGAAUGGUCAAGUAUGUUCAACAGCACUCUCGCUUCAUAACUGUCAGAGCUUUAAGUCUACCCUAUGUUCUCUACACUUAGAUUUUUAUAACUUUUGUAUGAAUGGGUCAGAUCAAUCUAAUAGAUCUAAUAAAGUAUUAUACCUGACUAUGUCCCCUGCCCCCACAAGAAAAUCGUGUAUUGUUUUUCUUUUUUUGUUGUUUUUGUUGUUUUUGUUGUUUUGGAGAGCUGUGUUUUUUCAUUAACCCAAAUAGAAAAUUAAUCUAGUGAUCAAUUAUUGAACAGAAACGAAAAUUAUGUAUUGUGGUGAGAAAUUCCCCAAAAUAGCGUGUACCCAAAUGUAAAUCUAAAAUGUUUGUGGCUAGACAUGCACACAAGCUAAUGACCCAUGUAGCUGACAAGCAUUCCACACCUGAUCAACUUAAGUGAUUUGGGAAAUUAACUUAUUCAUACAGAAGUAAACUCAUGGGGAAUGCUUUUUUUCUUAGCCGUGUUUAUAAGUGAUCAAAUGGUGAAGCAGGAUGUAAACAAAUACUGUUAUCCUUCAUUGUUGCUUAUGCUAACAUUUUAAUUCAUGUACAACCUCUACGUGCUUUUUUCUAUUGUGUUUUCUGUGUCUCUGUCUCUGCAUGAAUAUAUAGGCAUACAAGUGUGUGUGUGAGUGUGUGUAUGUGUGUGUGUGUGUGUGUCUUAUAUGGUAUUUAUAAACAUAGAUAACAUGUUUAUUUAUCUAAAAUUUGGAAAUACUGAAGAUCACAUUUGAUUUGUGGAUUAACCAUGUGCUGAUCUACUCACAUACCUCUGACAUUUCAUUAUAUCAAGUGAAUAGAGAGAGAACCUAAGAGGCUGGUGAUAUCUCCUACUCUACACUUGUCAGGAAAAAGUGGUAUAUUUUUUGUCAAGAAAACCCAAACAUCAGCAAAGACAUAUACACUCCACAAAACAGGAAAGGACAUCUCAUUUGAAGGGAAAAGUUAUCAGAGUGUGAGAAAAAUGAGUUUGCCACAUUCCAAUAUUUGAGGGACAUGAGACUGAACUUCAGAAGAUAUAAUGGGAAGGGACAGGCAGAAUCCCCAAGGAACCAAAGUACGCUUAGCACUGGAGUUCCUCAUUACAUGAGUGCUCAGAUAUUGGUAAGGAUGGUAAACAUAAUGAUAAGAACUUUGCAGUCCAUACUCAGUCUCAAUAUAAGGCAACAAUGUGAACAAGAUGAAAAGUAGUCACCACCACAGUGCUAACAGCUACUUUAGCAGUGACAUUGUGAGAAACAGAGUGUAACUAUAGAGAGAAGAAAAGGUAGAUAUUUGAAAACAGACUAGGCUCUGCUGGAAAUGAACAAUUUUCCAUGAAAGUAACCAAGCAAUCACACCACAGGUGCCAUAUGCAAAAAUGAGCAAAGAGGGAUAAACUGUAUAAAUACUAUGUGUACAGAAAUACAGGUAGUUUGUUCGAAUUCUAUGAUGUUGAGAUUAAAGAAUAGGAAGGAAUUUCUAUCAAGUCAGGCACCAUAUCCUGUUCUUAGAAUACUCACAUUCAAGAGACUGAGACAGAGAAAUUAGGAAUUUCAGGUUAUCCCGGACUACAUAUCAAGACAAUACAUCUUUUAUUCUUUUUUUUCUUUAUUUAAAUCAAAAGUCUGGUUGAUAGAAUAUCACGAAAAAUAUUAAGAAAAUAGAAAUUUAACGCCUAUGCAGUGAUACUCCUGCUAAAAAACAUGUUCUAUAAAGAGACGUUAAUUAGUAAGUUACAAAUACCAUCUGUCAUAUUGAAGGUUGUGGCACGAAGGGGUAUGGUGUUGUUUGGUUGAUCAUUCUUCACUUCCAUGUCUCACUUUACACAUCUUAAAAAGCUUCUCUGAUGACCUCCUUACUGUGUAGAUAUCAAUAUGUGCCUUGCCUUUAAUUCUAUGUAUUAAAACCAGUUAUCAUUUAUUUAUCAAAUGAUUAUUUGAUUUUGCAUUAUCUUCAAAAAUAAUGGGUCUUGAGGAAUUUAUACCUUUAUUGUGUGGGUUUGAAUAUUCAUAAUAGCAAUCAGAGAAUAAUCAGGGCCCAACACACACACAUGGUGGUUGGAGAGACUAUACCUGUGGCAAUACGAAAGCAUAGAAAUAAGUAGGUUGAUCUAUUUUUCUGCAUAACAUUUAUAACUAGUUACUGAUUAGAAUGGGGAAAAAGUUGAGAUACAGUCAAGGUUUUCUUUUCCUUAAUUUCAAUGAUUGCUUAUAGAGCAUGUGAAACUGAACUCACCCAUGGGAAAAUUUCUGCCUGAACAGCAUUAGUGCAAAGACUACAAGUUUGCACCAGCUUUGUAAAUAUUUGGACACUUGACUCAAUGCUUAACACACUUUGGAAAAUCUCCUGGUGUUAAGAGAGAAAGUAUUAGAUAUGAAAAUCUGUGAGAAUAAAUCACUUCUAAGCUUUGAUUUUUGUGACUACAGAGAAAGACUUUGACUCUGAUGUAACUGAGUGUCUAAAAGUAUUAAAAAAUCAAUAUCUCUUAUCUGCAAGAAUCCUUCUAAUGGCUUAAUGCUCUGUCUUCCAGGAGAUGAGUGUUAAUUGUGUCAAUUGCUCUUUGUGGCAGGAAAAGGACUUGUCUGUCAAAUGCUUUUCAAUCGCCAAGAAGUUUGAGGUACCUGGAGAAUGCUUCCUCCUGUCAACCCUCAUCCUGCUCUCAUUGCCUUUGUUAUCUGCACUAGUCCAUCUCUACACACCCCCAUGUACAUUUUUCUGAUGAACUUAUGUAUCCUGAAAAUUGGUUACACUAGUUCUGUCAUACCCAAUAUAUGGAGAGCCUUGAAAGUGAGAUCUGAGGAAUCUCUCAGGAGGGAUGUGCCACACAGACGUUUUUCUUCACACUUUUUGUAUAAUUGAGUGCUGCCUAUUGCCAGCCAUGGCCUUUGUCCACUGUAUGGCCCUGCUUCAUUCUGAAGCCCAAAUGAGUAGUGAGGUAUGUUCCCACAAGGCAAUUGUUUCAUGGGGAAUAGGUUGCCUUGUAGGGUUGGGAAAAAACUACUUGAGAUCCAAAUCUAACCACCCACAGGGAGUUGAAAAAUUAUUGGUCAUCUUCCAUACCACAGUGAUAUCCAUGCUGAACCCAUCAUCUUUGCUUAAAGUACGAAGAAGUCAAGACAGGACUGAAAAGAACUCUGGGUCUGAAGAAGGUUCUGAUAAUAAAUAGAUGACAGAUAUCCUCCUAAUGCUUAACUGCGAUAAGCGAAGCAAGAAACACUUUGUGGUAUCUGUGUCAAGUACAUAUAAUCUCAACCUAAAAGAGGAAAACUACUGGGCAAAUCCAAAUUCAGAGACAUUCUUGGAAGUUGUACAUAUGCUUGUUCACAUGUGCAACACAUGCAUGCCUACUGUCCAGGAGGUUGAAGAAGGUGUGAGGUUCCGUGAUGCUGAAAUUACAGCCACUUGUGAGCUGUCAACGGGUUCUCUGGAAGAACAGAACCAGAAUUUUGCCACAGAUAUACAUACGGAGUGCGAGCCACUGUUCAGUGCAUUCCUGCUUGGCUUUAUUUCAUUCAGUGCCUGUGCUGGUACUGUGACACAAGAAGAGCCUUUUCUCAUCCAGUACAUGCUGCCUGGCACAUACUCUACGACUUUCUUCAUCGUGACAUUUCCAGCCCUUUACAGCACCCACAAAGAACAAAGUCACUCUGACACCAUGGUGUUCUUUUACCUGUGGUCAUCCUUUGCAUCAUCAGCUCCUGCUAUAUCCUCAUCUGGGAUCUCAAGAUGGACUGGGGUUUCUUUGAUAAGAAUGCAGGAGAUAACAAUUUCCUCUGUCAAGAAAUUUUAUACCCCCAAAAAGCAUGUGUGGAACAUUUACACUUAUCUUAGAUAUAUCUUUAGAUAGGUCAUACAGCAGUACUGACACAGGUCUAGUUAACUAAUAUGAUUACAAAACAAUUAUCCCAGAUACCAAUAUAGUCCACAAAACACCGUAUCUGUUUUUUUUUUUGUGUAGUAGAGCCAGUGGGACAUUUGUUAGAAUUGAGUGCCAACCCAAUCAAAGUGGGAGAAAAAAUAUAUAUGUCAUAUAUUGUAUAUAAUAUAUUUUAUAUUAUAUUAUAUUAUUUAUGAUUUUACUGGCAUAUUAGAGUUACAGGGCUAAGAAAUGCUGAAUUUUAAAUUAAAAGAACAAGAAUCCUUACACAGAUGAUUUAGUAAAGGUAAAUGUGAUUAGAUAUUGAAAACAUUGAGCCAUGAACUGGGAAUCUAGCUGUCCUUAUCCAAUCGCAGCUGUACACCAACUAGGCCAUUCAGACAGCGAAGUCUGCAGAAGAUUAUCAAAGUAAGAGUGUUAGACUUCAUUAAUUCUUGAUAAUUUUAUUGGCCUAAUGUUCUGCUGUGGAUAGCAUAGAGAUUGAGUUAACAAUUUUUAAGGAUUUAUAUAUUAUUUCAUGCAUAUGACUACCCUGUAGCUGUCUUCAGACACACCAGAAGAGGGCAUCAGAUUCCAUAACAGAUGGUUGUGAGCCACCAUGUGGUUGCUGGGAUUUGAUCUCAGGACAUCUUGAGAGUGUUUUUAACUGCUGAACCAUCUUUCUAAGCCUGAGUUAAUGUAUUGACCUAUAUCAAAAUGUCACCAUUAUGUCAAAUUUGUGUUUUGAAAAGAAUGUGAUUGUGGGGUCCUGGGCAGAGAAAGUUGCCUGUGAAGACUGGAGCAGCAUACGUAAGCAAAUGCUGUGUGUAUCAGGGCCACGGGUGAGCCCUUGCAGGGAAGCAGUCAUCCUCACAUGAGAAUUUAGGAAACAUCACUGAGCAUUGAACAUACUUUUUUAUAAUUCUCAACUAAAGGGAAACAAGGGGCAGGGCCAGGUGUCAGCAUGCAGGCACAAGCAGGCACAGGAUGCAGAUUUCAGUCCCUAGUACCGUUUUAAAGAAAGAAAGAAAGCAGGGACAGGUAAAGCUGCUUCAUUAUCACCACACAUGGGAUUUUUAUGACUGUUGUUGUGUUGAGUAAACACUUGGACACAUUUGUUUCCUGUGCUCACUGUGUAAGUUCAGUGGCUCUGUAUCAAUGCUAGUUUGUUUCCUGUCAUACACUUCUCAUUUGUAGAAUUCCAUACAGUGAUAUUGGCAAAUAGAUUCUUUCAGUCAGUUUCUUUAUUAUUAUAUAUUUUGUUUUUUUUUUCUUUUUUCUUAUUUUUUGGAGCUGAGGACUGAACCCAGGGACUUUCACUUGGUAGGCAAGCACUCUACCGCAUACCUAAAUCCCCAAACCCUUAUUAUUUUAUAUUUUAAUGCUCUAGAAAAUAAAGUUAUACUUUCUUGAAAUAUAAUCGUAAAUUUAUAAGAAAAAAGUGAAGAAGCCAUUGUGCAGUCCAGUUUACCUUCAUUCUGAAAUCCUGUUACAGUGUCAUACAAAUUCUGCCUGCCUCCUCUCAAUGAGGAACCUAGGUUGGGUGUGUGUGAAAUGAAACUAGAAAGGGGACCAUGAAAGGGUUAAAAAGAGCUAUUAAGGCAGGAGGGGAUGGUAGUGAUCACAACAUGUGACAUGAAAAUAGAAGAGGAUACACUGUGUGGCAAGAA